CCCUCCCCACAGAGCCUGCUUCAUUCUCCACACGGUCGGCCACUUCCUGAGCCAGCCCCGGAAGCCGGACGGAGACGACGAGAUUUGCCGGUUCUACUGAGCAGGAUCUUUGUACGGCGCCGCUGUUGUGAGCACAGGAAGAUACCAUGAGCACAGGUCUGAGCUCGGAUAAGAUUGCUGCCUUCAGGAAGAAGCUGAAGGACGAGCCCCGCUUUGUGCUGGCCCAGAAUGUGGCGACGUGCAGCGAUCCGCUGGAGGUGUGCUUGCAGAGGCAGACGGUCCAGGACAGCGUCCAUGUUUUCCAGCACACCAUUCCGGCUGAGGGCAAACCGGUCUCCAACCAGAAAAACUCUGGAAGGUGCUGGAUAUUUUCUUGUCUAAACGUGAUGAGACUACCUUUUAUAAAGAAGUUUAAUCUUGAAGAAUUCGAGUUUAGCCAGUCGUAUCUCUUUUUCUGGGAUAAGGUAGAACGCUGCUAUUAUUUCCUAAAUGCUUUUGUAGAAACCGCACACCUGAACGAGCCGAUCGAUGGAAGGCUGAUGCAGUUCCUUAUUUCGAACCCCAACAAUGACGGAGGCCAGUGGGACAUGCUUGUUAAUCUGAUCGAAAAAUAUGGUGUUAUCCCAAAGAAAUGUUUCCCAGAAUCCCACUCGUCAGAGGCAAGUCGUAGAAUGAACGACAUAUUGAAUCACAAGAUGAGGGAAUAUUGUCUGAGGUUGAGGAACAUGGUGUCCAGUGGCUGUGCUAAGGACGAAAUCUCUGCAGCUUUGGACACGAUGAUGGAGGAGGUGUACCGGGUGGUUAGUAUAUGUAUCGGGAGCCCACCAGAAACCUUCACCUGGGAAUUCAGGGACAAGGAGAAGACUUAUCACAAGAUUGGACCCAUGACCCCCCAAGAGUUCUACAGGGAGCAUGUAAAACCGCUUUACAAUGUAGAAGACAAGAUGUGCCUUGUGAAUGAUCCUCGACCGCAAAACCCUUUUGGGAAACUGUAUACUGUGCAGUAUCUUGGGAACAUGGUAGAAGGCAGGAGAACGCUGUAUAAUAACCAACCCAUCGAAGUGUUAAAAAGCCUGGCAGCUGCCUCAAUAAAGGAUGGCGAGGCGGUGUGGUUUGGAUGUGAUGUUGGAAAGCACUUUCAAGGAAAAUUAGGAAUCAAUGACUUAAACAUAUUUGACCAUGAGCUGGUGUUUGGUCUUUCUGUCAAGAACAUGAACAAGGCGGAGAGACUUAUUUUUGGAGACUCGAUGAUGACCCAUGCCAUGGCUCUGACUGCCGUCACUGAGAAGGACGGCCAAGAAGGAGAGUAUGAAAAAUGGCGAGUUGAGAAUUCCUGGGGAGAUGAUCGUGGAAAUAAGGGUUACCUCAUCAUGACUGAUGAAUGGUUCUCGGAGUACGUCUACGAAGUGGUUGUGGACAAGAAACACGUACCUGAGGAAGUUUUAAAGGUGCUGAAGCAGCUCCCAGUGGAGCUACCAGCCUGGGACCCUAUGGGUGCUUUGGCAUAGAGAAGAAAGGAUUCCAUUUAUUCCCACUGUCCUCCCCUCACCAUUAAGAUAAAAAUGUCCUCGGUUUAGCACUGGAACAAUAAUUUCAACCAAACAUUGCAUGUUUAACCAAGAACAAGAAGAGGAAAGGCAUCAAACCCCACGGGUUUGCCAUACCUCCAACUCACCACUCAGGAACAACGCCUGUGUCUAGCUCAUUCAGUGAUAUUGGUAGAUCAGUAUCUCUGUUUUAAUUUUCCUUUCUCGUGACCAGUCCAACAGAUUAUGUUACGAUCUUGGCAGACAUCAAAAAUGCUGAAAUUCAAUUUUAACUUUUCCCUAGAAUGAUUUAUAGAAGAUUAUAUACCAGUAUAGAUUCUGGCUUGCUGCUUGUAGAGGGCAACUGGAAAUCUGUGACAAAAAGAAAAUAAUAACUGAGACAAAUGGGCGGUAAUCUGGAGGAAUCCAUCCCAAAUGUACCCUCUGAGCAUACAAGAAUAGGAUGGAAAAGAAACACCUGACUGCUAUCUUAUGCAGUAAGUUGUGCCAUGGAUUCAUCAAGUUGGGCGGAUGAGGUGUUGCGAUUUGGGGGUAAUUUACUGAGCCCUGCUCAUCUAUAUUAUGGUGUCUUGUGUAAUUAUUUUUGUGUGUUUUUAGUGAAGUUUUAUUUUUUAUUAUUUUGGAUGCAUUCAGAAGACUUCAAAGUGCCACAUCCUGCCCCUAGAUGUUCCUUGGGGAUUCACAACUUUAGUGCAAGGCUGAGGCAGCUCACAACCCCUUUAAAGUAUUACCUGAAUAUAUUACACGUCUCCGAGGACUCUUGAGGGCAAAAAUUACAAUGACCUGGGAUCACACUGUUCUUUUUAUUAGGAAGAGUAGACUUUUAUAUGUUAUGAUUGGUUAUGUGAUAUCGUAAUUGUCACCUAUGAGUGCAGGGCACAUAGAUGUACAGAGUUUCAUCAUACGGUUAAUAUGUCCAUUGCAGUGAACAUUUUGGUUUACUAAUUUGGAUGGAAUUGAGGCAUCAUUGUGCAGCCAGACAAGCAGGAGCUGUGGCUUUUUUUUUAGAUUAUAUUCUUCUGUUUUUCUCUUUAUAUCAUUUUAGAUGGUGCUUUUUAAUAA